AUGGAUUCGCUUAUAGAGAUCGUCAGUAAGACGAUUGGCAAUUUGCAGGCCAAAAUCUCAUUCCUAGAGACUCAAAAACAGCAAUACAGCGACAUAACAAAACAUUUGAAAGAUCGUCAAAGUGCCAAUCCGGGCGCAGACGAAACCCAAAAGGGACUGAUCUUAGGAGAAUUCAUUAUAUCUUCAAAGAUAUAUCAGAAUAUUGGCUACGAAUACUACGUGGAAAAAAGUUUACAAGAAGCUUUGAGCCAUGCUGCCGACAAAAUACGGCUCAUCGAUGAUGCUGUUGAGCAAUUCCAACGUAAAAACAAAGAGGCCAAUGAUACUCUGAACAACUUGAAACAGGCCCAGACAUUGGAACGGGACGGUGCUGAGUCUCAGGAAAGUGCCGAUCCGUCCAUAGACCCUGCAGAAAACGAUGAGGGCUUGCCGUUCAUGGAAAUCAGAGAAGAACUCGACGAAGACGGUAACGUCAUUUCAGGGUCUGUGAAUCCCACCGCGGGACAGAACAAUACAGGAAAGGGUCCCAAAGCUUCAGCCCCAGCCAAGAUUGAAGAAAUCGAGGAUGAUAGUAUUCCGCUUCAUGAAGAUGUAGUGUCGAAAUCCAAUAAAGCUCUGGAUUCCGGCUCUGAAAAGAGCGCAUCUGAAGGAACCAGUGACAAGACCAGCGGAAAGGGCAUUGAAUCGAUGAGUGCGACUGGAUCGGAAAAGACGGCUUCGGGUUCAAACCACACCCAACCCCCCACUUCAAGCCAGAGCAACCGUGAGGGCUACGCCAUCGAUCCUAAUGACAUCUACACUUUCGACGAGAUCGUGGGCCAGUUGGAACACCAGGACUUGCUAGAGGACGGCGAUAUAGAUGAGGAAGAUGUUAAUUACGAUUUCAACUCGUAUGAUUCGAAUUACCGCGAAGAUUUCGAAUCCGACGAAAGCGAUGAGUCCGACGAAUAUACUGAAUCUUCACUACCAUCGGUUGUACCGGAGGCGGCCAGAAGUCGGUUUUUAGAACAAUUGAACGCUUUGCGGUCCUCAAGAAUGAAGGUUAACGCUGUCGAACCCGAAAUGAAGGAAAACACUGUCCAAUACCAAAAGGAGGGAAACGAUGUUGAGACCACAACGAAACCAAUACUUCACAAGGACAAAAAAGUCGGCGCACCUAAAAAGAGUGUUGGAUUCGCUUCUGAACUGGAAGUUUUCGAAGUGGACAACUUGAAGCAUGAGACAAAGGCAAAUACCUUCACUGGCUCGAGUUUCGUUGAUACACUACCCGUUUCCACAGGUACGGACGAGGAAGGCUUUGAUGCCGAUCUAUUUGCCCAGCUCAUUGGUGCCAAGGGCUCCGAAGAAAUUCAUGAAAAGUAUGACAAUGAGACAACACCAGAGGAGCCGCAAGAAUGGAAGCCUCGUGUGUCUAGAUUUAAGAAGGACAGAUCUGGGUUACGAGGAUCAGCGGUGGCUACAGACCCAACGCCUUCUAUUUAUCCAGAACAAAACUCGAAUGUGAUGGGCGACGUUAUGGAAAGAAACCCUGGAAUCCAGGUUGCUAAAGAUGUCUCAAUCGCUGAACGAAAACCUGAGACCCCACAGAUCAGUGGACUGCUCAAAAAAAACAUGCGCUCCCUUAGUAAACCUGUUUCGAAAAGUGCACGGAAGAACACGACAGUAUUGCCUCGAGUCACGGAAGUUGAAAGUCCUAUUGAGCCUCAUCAAGUGCAUGAAAAGCAAGUAUUCAGUAACACAGAUGCUAAACCUUUUCCAGAACAAAUCAAAGAAGUGAUAAACAAGGGCUCUCAGCCUGUGGUUCAAAACCCGAGCGUUAAUUAUCAGGGACUAGGCGAAAACCUCGACGAUAUGGCACGCGCAUAUCUCCUGGGCCUAUACAAUGACGACGUAGACGAUGCAGGCACCGUGGUUGAACAUUUGGAAGACUUCAAGAAAUAUAACAAAGAAGCGGAAGACUUGCAGGAAGAGAUCGCCACAUUUCUAUCGGAGAACCCAGCGACUCAGGAGGGAGGAAUCGAGAACGACAGUGAGGCCCCUGGCGAGAAUAGUUUAGCGAUAACCACGGAUGUGGUUGAAAGACCAACUUCGAUGCCAAGUGAUUACGACGAUGAAGACCUGGCACUGCAGGGCGAUAAUCUGCAUAACGAGAUUGCCGUGGACUAUCAACGGCUGAGACAAAAAAUGAUAGCUUCCCAGGGCAACGCAGAACUGUCGCAAGAGGAAUUGCAACUGGAGCCCAUUGACGAGUAUGGGAAUCCCGUAAGGACUAGUAAAUUCAAGGCAGCCAAGCUGAGAUUUAGAGACGUUUAG